UGCCAUUAAUCGUCCGUUAGACAUCACAGUUGACAUAAAAACACACGAUGUUUACUGGGUUGAUGACGUUAUAGAUGCUAUACAGCGCAUUUCCUUCAGUGGUGGGAAUCGAGCUUAUAUUCGGACAAACCUACCUUCACCUUACGGGAUCACAGUUUUUAACGAUGAUGUCUACUGGGUGGACAGAAAUCUGAACCAGGUCCUUAAAGUGGAUAAAAAUUCUAGAGUUGGUGCCCCAACUGUCGUCAAGAAAAAUGUGAGAUAUCUUAUAGACAUUGCAAUAUUUGAUAAAUCCAACCAACCAGGCGAUCCCAGUAAUCCUUGUGCUGUCAACAAUGGUGGGUGUGACCAGUUAUGCUUUGCUAUUGCUGGAAGCCCUCAGCCUGUGUGCAAAUGUGUUGAAGGAGACCUCGAUUCUGAUGGAAAGAAAUGCAAACCAUCAAAGGAAUUUUUGCUGAUGGCCAUUGAUUCCAGCAUCCACUCAAUAUCUUUGCACCCUAACCGAACACGUCAAAAGAUUACAACUAUUGCAGCCACCGACGAAGUUAGUAGUGUAGGAUAUGAUGCUAAAAGCAAUCAGAUUUACUAUGGUAUAAACAAUCCUGCAGCUAUAGUCCGAUAUGAUGGUGAAACAAAAACCAGUCAACAGUUUGUUAUUGAUCCGGAGAACAAACAAGCUUUCAUUGGCAAAAUCGCUGUUGACUGGACCGGUCAAAAGAUUUACUGGACAGAUGCGUUAUACAAUAGGAUUUCAGUGAUGAGUUUUGACUCAACAUACAAGGCUACUUUGCUGACCACACAGAAACCCAGGAGCAUUGUGCUUGACCCUUGUAAAGGGUACAUGUAUUGGUCGAAUUCAGGUAUUGGUCAAUCACCAAGCAUUGAAAAAUCAACUAUGGCUGGUAAUCAAAGAUCCGUGCUGGUCAGCUCUGACUUAGGUGACCCAGAUGGCCUGGCCAUUGACUACACCUAUGAAAAGCUUUACUGGGCUGAUACACUCAAAAAUCAGAUUGAAAGAAUUUCUCUCGAUGGACGUUACCGUGAUGUGAUUGUUACCACCACAUAUGAACCAACAUCUAUAACUGUCUUCGGUCUUCACAUCUACUGGAUAAGUUCAUUUAGGAAGCUGGUGUAUCGUGCUGAGAAACACACUGGAGCCAAUUCCAUAAGAAUGACAAAAUUCCUCACGUCCUCUCCAGCAGAUAUUGUCGUUUUUUCUGCCGAUUUACAAAGCUGUAAGCGUGAUCCUUGUCAAAAAUUCAAUGGAGGUUGCAGCCAGGGAUGUCACCCUGCACCCAAUGGAGAAGCUGAAUGCUCAUGUAAUGGGACUUCCCAAGUAGUGAGUAAAUACAAAGCCUGUGUCCCCGAGAACCACAACUGUUCAGACACGGAAUUCAUUUGUUCAAAUGGAAAGUGCAUUUUCAAAAGUUGGGUGUGUGACGAGGACGAUGACUGCAGGGAUGGUUCGGAUGAAAACAGCAACUUGUGUGCGACCCACACUUGUGAGAAGACUCAGUACAGAUGCAACAAUGGACGCUGUAUCAAUCAUCUGUUUCGUUGUGAUUUUGAUGAUGAUUGUCGUGACAACUCAGAUGAAAUUGGUUGUGAUGCCUCAACUUGUGGCCCAGCACAGUUUACCUGCAAGAAUUCCCGUUGCAUCGAUGCUGCACAGGUUUGUGAUGGCUAUGACCAAUGUCGGGAUGGAGAGCAGACUGAUGAAAAGAACUGCCCCAACAACAUGACGUGUCCAGAGAAUAAAGUGAAAUGCCCAAACUCUAAUAUUUGUGUCAGAAUAAAUCUGCUGUGUGAUGGAGAUGAUGACUGCGGGGACAACUCGGAUGAGAACGCAAUGUUUUGCAAAGCUGCAAACUGUACAGGCCAUUUCCGAUGCCUGCAAGCCAAUCGCUGUAUUCCUUCUCAUUGGUAUUGUGAUGGUGCUGAAGAUUGUUCAACUGGGGAAGACGAACCAACUAACUGUCAUGUGAAUUUAACGUGCGCCAGCCACAUGUUUGCAUGCGGCUCAGGAGGAUGCAUCUAUAAAGCCUGGAUGUGCGAUGGAGAAAAUGAUUGCUCUGAUGGUUCGGAUGAAGCGAUUGAUUGUCGAAAUAUUGCAUGUGCUGCAGAUGAAUUUAACUGCACGCAUAACCGCAAUAUUGGAAUUUACCCAUGCAUUAAAAAAACAUUUGUAUGUGAUGGAGAUAAAAACUGUGCCGAUGGAGAGGAUGAACGCCAGUCUUGUCCACCAGAUGUCUGUGAUGAUAAUGAGUUUGCGUGUGCAAAUGGUGGCUGCAUUCUAUCAAAAUUUGUUUGUGAUCGUGAAGACGAUUGUGGUGAUCGUUCUGAUGAACAUGACAAUUGUGAAUAUCCAGAAUGUGGAGCAGACCUUUUCACUUGUGACAACCAUCGAUGCAUCCUUAAUUCAUGGGUUUGUGAUGGAGAUAACGAUUGCCGUGAUAAUUCAGAUGAAAAAGAAUCCGUUUGCUUAACACCAGCACCAACUUGUCCACCUGGACAAUUCCGGUGUGACAAUGGAGAAUGCAUUAAUUACCUGUUGGCCUGUAACAAGAACCCUGACUGCUCGGAUCAAACUGAUGAACGUCACUGCUACAUCAACGAAUGCGAAGAUGUGGUUGUCCAUCGAUGUGAACAUACAUGCAUUGAUACCCUGACCAGUUACCACUGUGAAUGUAACCCAGGUUAUACCCUCAUGACUGAUAGGAAAGCUUGUCGGGAUAUUGAUGAAUGCCUUGAGAAGCCGGACACCUGCAGUCAGAUGUGUCAUAACACAGUGGGAAAUUAUUCCUGCAAAUGUAAUGAAGGUUAUAUGAGAGGACUUGACACUCACAGCUGCAAGAAGAAAGAUGAUGAAAUUCCAUGGCUUGUAUUUGGUAAUCGCCAUUAUAUUCGAAAGAUGACACUGGAUGGUUUGACUUACCAAUUGAUAGCUCAAGGAUUACGUGAACUAAUUUCCCUUGAUUUUGACUACCAGGAGCAAAAACUCUACUUUUUUGAUAAAUGGACAUUAGACAUUCAAACAAUUUUCCUCAAUGGCUCUGAUCAGAAAGUGCUCUUUCACCAAAUGCAAUUUGGUCAAUGUACCCUGGCUGUCGAUUGGGUUGGUCGUAAAUUAUAUACGUUUUGGUUGUAUAUUCGAGCUUUAUUCGUCUCAGAGCUGAAUGGAACCAGUCUAAGAACACUAGAUACCCAUUUGUUUUAUCACGUUUCUUUCUUAGUCGCCUAUCCACCUACAGGGUACUUGUACUUUAUCGAUAUUCCCUCGAAAGCAUGGAUAGGAAGGAUUGGCAUGGAUGGCUCAAACUAUGAACGUUUGAUCAUAGAUGGUCUCGGCUUACCAACUGGUUUAACUAUUGAUUUCGAGAGUCAACGGAUGUGGUGGGCAGAUGCCCACUUUGAUGCGAUCGAAUAUGCCAAUUUGGAUGGUACUCACAGACAAACGGUAAUGAAAGAGAAUGUACCAUUCAUUCACUCACUUGCAGUGUUUGAAGACUGGAUCUACUGGACAGACUCGAGCCGCCUGAGCAUAGAAAAGGCACACAAAUUCACUGGACGGAACCAUACUAUUCUACGGAAUAUGACUCACCAACCAAGUAUCCUUAUUGUGUUUCACUCAUUACGACAAAAGCAAUAUAAAAAUCCUUGCGGAUCCAAUAAUGGUGGAUGCAGCCACCUUUGCCUCCAUUCACCACCAGAUGACUAUGUCUGUGCGUGUCCAGACCAUUUUCUCUUGGAUGCAGAUAACAAGACAUGCAUUGCCAAUUGCAGCACUUCUCAGUUCCGUUGUGGAAAGGGCGAUGAUCGAUGUAUUCCAUUCUUUUAUAGAUGUGACAAAGAUGUUGACUGCCAUGAUGGCUCCGAUGAAUUAAACUGUCCGGAAACCAAAUGUGGGCGACACACUUUUACCUGCAACAACGGAAACUGCACGAGGUUCUACAAGAUAUGCGAUUCAAAAGAUGAUUGUGGUGAUGGAUCUGAUGAAGAUAGGUGUGGUGCAAAUUACUGCUCCCCCUGGUCAUUUCGGUGCAACAACAACCGCUGUGUGUACCGUUCCUGGCAGUGUGAUGGUUACAAUGACUGCUUGGAUAAUUCAGAUGAAGACCAGGCUCUUUGUAUUCAUAGAUCCUGUGGAGUACAUGAAUUUACCUGUGAUAAUGGAUAUUGUAUACCUGAGCAUGACAAAUGUGAUUACGAGAACGACUGUUUCGAUGGUUCUGAUGAGAGUCUUGAACUGAACUGUGCUAAUCAAACAUGUCCCGCGACUUCGUUCCGAUGUGAAACUAAUUAUCGAUGUAUACCUUCCACAUACGUCUGCGAUGGUUACGAUAAUUGUGGUGACAAUUCUGAUGAAAAACUGAGCAACUGCAAAAAAUGUAAUGAAACGAAGGAAUUCAAAUGUAAAAACAAUGUCUGCAUUCCAAAAACCUGGGUUUGUGAUUCUAAAACUGACUGUCGAGAUGGUUCCGAUGAAGACACCAGCUUUUGUAAAAACAAAUAUCGUGACUGUACUGAAUCUGAAUUUCGCUGUGAAAACCAAAGAUGUGUCCUAAAGAAGUGGCGAUGUAACUUGUACGACGAUUGUGGUGAUGGAUCUGAUGAAAAUAACUGUGCUUCUGUGAAGUGUUCUGAAGAUGAGUUCAAGUGUGAUACAGGUCACUGUAUUAAAAAAUAUCUAACUUGUGAUGGUUGGAGAAAUUGCAGAGAUGCUUCAGACGAAAGAAACUGCACACCCAAAUAUGGCGACAGAUACUGUCCAAUUGACAGAUUCCAGUGUAACAACACUGUCUGCAUUCCUAAACAAUGGAUGUGUGACAGUGACGAUGACUGCGGUGAUAAAUCAGAUGAAACACGCGAGGUAUGCCUUCAAAUUGAGUGUUCAAAAAAAGAGAGAAGAUUCCGCUGCAACAAUUUAUUAUGCAUUCCAAUAUGGCGAGUCUGCAAUGGAAGAGAUAAUUGUGGAGAUGGUUCAGAUGAAAAUACUCAUCACCUUUGCGAACCGAAGGAAGAAAUAUGUGAACAAGAUCAGUUCAAGUGUACAAGUAAAGAGUGCAUCGAUUCAUUCAAAGUGUGCAACGAAAUAGCUGACUGUGCAGAUAAAUCUGACGAAAUAGGAUGCAUUAAAAAUGCUGGUGCCGUCAACUGCAGCAUUGAUAAUGGAGGGUGUCCCCACAAUUGCACGGAUCUCGAAGGAGGUGGUAUGAUAUGUUCCUGUCGAAGCGGUUUCAAAAUGAAAGAUGGAAAGACAAAAGAAUGCAUGGAUGUUAACGAGUGUGAACUUUCAAAUAACAAAUGUCCUCAGCUCUGCAACAACAUAAAGGGUUCCUACAAAUGCCUGUGCCACGAAGGGUUCCAAGAUCCUUUAUUACCCACUCCCAAAUGUAAAUACACAAAGGAAGGCAAAAUAAGCAUCUUCAUGUCUGUGGGUAGCGGCAUCCGAAGAUUUGAUCCCAUAAUCAAAGAAUACAUGAGCACCUUACUCUCCAUACAAAAAUCGCAGGGUUUAGCGGUCGACAUUGAACGGUCAACCCUUUACUGGACAGAUAUGAUCAGCAAAACAGUGAUGCGUUCUUAUAUUUCUCAAAAAUCUGAUAAUGUUGGAAUCCCACAAGACCUGAAGAUCAGUAAUCUAGACGAACCAAAUGGCAUUUCCAUUGACUGGACAUCAGGGAAUGUUUACUGGACUGACUCCAAAAAGAAAACAAUAUCUGUGGCGGCUAAAGAUGGAAGAUACAGAUACACUUUAAUCAAAACAGAACUUCGUAGACCUUAUGCUAUUGUCGUUAACUCACAGACUGGCUGGAUGUACUGGACAGAUAUAAACAGUUACAACCCAAGAUAGAAAGGUCUUGGAUGACUGGUGAGAGAAGACAGGUUCUAGUGAACAAAGAACUGGCACGACCAAGUGGAAUUGCCAUCGAUUACUUCAUGAACAAUCGUGUGUUCUGGUCUGAUUCCAAAUUCAACAGAAUCCUGUCAAUGAAACCGGAUGGCACCGACCAAGUGGUUGUUAUUGGAAAUGCAAUUAACCCAGUGAGUAUUGACCUGUAUGAAAGUGAAAUAUACUGGGUGUCCCAAAAUGAAGGCAAACUGAUGCAAAUGGAUAAAUUUGGACGAGGUAUAAAUGUUACUCUGAGAGACCAACUCUUUUCUCCAAGCAGUGUAAUUGCAUUCCCACCAUACAAG